AUGCCUUUCGGUUUGACUAACGCGCCGGCAGCCUUCAUGAGAUUGAUGAACGACGUGUUCAGGGAGUAUUUGGACGUGUUUGUCAUCAUUUUCAUUGAUGAUAUUCUGGUAUACUCGAGGAGUCAGGAGGAGCAUGCGACUCACUUGAGGUUGGUUCUGGAGAAGCUUCGGGAGCAGAAGCUUUUUGCUAAGUUGAGCAAGUGCAGUUUCUGGCAGCGAGAGAUGGGAUUUCUUGGCCACAUUGUUUCUGCAGAGGGAGUUUCUGUGGAUCCGGCUAAGAUUGAGGCUAUCAGAGAUUGGCCUAGACCUAGUAGUGCCACCGAGAUCAGGAGUUUUCUGGGUUUGGCAGGAUACUACAGGAGGUUCGUCAAGGGGUUUGCUACCAUGGCGCAGCCGAUGACGAAGUUGACCGGGAAGGAUGUCCCUUUUGUUUGGUCAGCUGAGUGUGAGGAGAGCUUUAGUCAGCUCAAGGAGAUGUUGACUACUACACCAGUGUUGGCGUUACCCGAGCCAGGGAAGCCUUACAUGGUGUAUACAGAUGCUUCAGGCAUUGGUCUUGGUUGUGUGCUGAUGCAGGAGGGCAGAGUGAUAGCAUAUGCUUCGAGACAGUGGCAGGGCAGUGAGCGUAACCGUCCUACACAUGACUUAGAGUUGGGAGCAGUGAUCUUCGCGUUGAAGAUUUGGAGGUCUUACUUGCUAGGUGAGACAGUACAGGUCUUCACGGAUCACAAGAGUUUGCAGCAUAUCUUCACUCAGCCGAUGAUGAACGCGAGACAGACGCGCUGGGUUGAGUUCUUGGCGGAUUAUCAGGUGAGCAUUAACUACCAUCCGGGCAAGGCUAACCUAGUGGCGGACGCGUUGAGUAGACGGAGGUAUGAUUCCGCAGUUGAGCGAGAUGUGGAGUCUCUAGUUGGCGAGAUCAGUACCUUGCGUUUGUGUGCCAUUUCGCAGGAGCCUUUGGGUUUAGAGGCAGUGGAUCAGGCGGAUCUACUUAGCAGGAUCAGAGUUGCUCAGCAGAGUGAUCAGAGUUUGCUAGAUGCGACGAGAGUGACUGGUUCUGAGUAUGAGGUCUCUGCGAAUGGGACUAUCUUGGUUCGUGGGCGAGUUUGUGUGCCUAAGGAUGUGGAGUUGAGACAUCAGAUUUUGGGAGAGGCUCACGCGAGCAAGUUUUCCAUUCAUCCGGGAGCGACCAAGAUGUACCAUGACCUCAAGAGGUACUAUCAUUGGGUCGGGAUGAAGAGGGAUGUAGCAGACUGGGUUGCGAAGUGCAACACUUGUGCCUUGGUGAAGGCAGAGCAUCAGGUUCCGGGUGGUCUUUUGCAGAGUUUACCCAUUCCAGAGUGGAAGUGGGACAGGAUUACGAUGGAUUUCGUGGUUGGACUACCUGUUUCGAGGACUUUCGAUGCUAUCUGGGUGAUUGUGGAUCGGUUGACUAAGUCCGCACAUUUCUUGGCCAUCAAGAAGACAGAUGGAGCUGCUGUCUUGGCUAGGAAGUUUGUGCGAGAGAUUGUGAGGCUGCAUGGAGUGCCAGCUAGUAUUGUGUCAGACCGUGAUCCCAGAUUCACUUCAGAGUUUUGGAGGGCGUUUCAGGCAGAGAUGGGCACUAAGGUGCAUUGA